AAUCUAGCCCAUCUUGCACUGGUAAUGGCGCUGCUGGGUGCGUGCGCUGCCGUAACGCCACCGGUUUGCGACAGUACAGUAACUUCUUUCCAUGCCGAUCCGACGAGUUGCAAUCAAUACUACACCUGUUAUCAGGGUAAAGCUAUUCUUCAGACGUGCCCCGAUCAGAAAUAUUACGAUCCCACCCGAUCUCUGUGUGACAUUCCUGAGAAGGUGGCCUGCACCAUUGGCCCUUGCACUGGAAACGCCGGGCUGAAGGCUGUGGCGAUCCCGAAUGUGUGCACCACUUACACGCUGUGUGUCGGCGAAACACCGUUCAAUAGAACGUGUGCUGAAGGGACGCUGUUUGAUGAGGUGUUUGGAGACUGCGUACUGGCUGGGGACAGUAAGUGCGUGGAGAAUCCUUGCCUUUCGGUAGAUCCGGCUACUGCUUUACCGACUACGUUCUAUCCGGUGUUGAGCUCGUGCAAGAAAUACAUUAUCUGCGAUAAGCUGAAUCCGGUGGUGCGCUCCUGCGCCGGAGCUACCGUGUUCAGUCGCACCGUCUCGAAGUGUGUUGCGUCCACUGAUUAUGUGUGCCCACCAGGCACUGCCCUGAUAUGA